AACUUCACAAAGAAAGCUUUAUCACACACACUUUAUUUUCCGGCCGGUGUUUUCUUGUGUGCACCAUGACAACAUCAUCUUUCUUUGGUCUCGCUAUCUUACUCUUCCUAACUCUACACUCGGAUACCGUCUAUGCCGCCACUUCUGAAGGCGUAGAGAUUACUUAUGGGUCAGUGAUCAAGUUGAUGCACGAACGAACAAAAUUUCGACUACAUUCACACAAUGUGCCAUAUGGAUCUGGCAGUGGGCAGCAAUCCGUUACUAGUUUUCCAAAUGUAGAUGAUAUCAAUAGCUACUGGAUUGUUAGACCUGAGGCCGAUACAUACGUUAAACCUGGAGACAACAUAAAAAGUGGGUCCGUCAUUCGGUUGCAACACAUGAGAACCAGGAAAUGGCUCCAUAGCCACUUGCAUGCUUCACCAAUAUCAGGCAACCUUGAGGUGAGUUGCUUUGGAGAUGAUGGUAAUUCAGAUACCGGAGAUUAUUGGAGAAUUGAAAUUGUGGGGAGCGGGAAAACAUGGAGACAAGAUCAACGAAUAAGGCUUCUCCAUGUCGACACAAGUGGAUAUCUACACACCCAUGAUAAGAAAUUUAGUCGCAUUGCUAUCGGUCAACAAGAGGUUUGUGGUGUUAGGGAGAAACGAGCUGAUAAUGUUUGGUUGGCAGCAGAAGGCGUAUAUCUUCCAACAAACGAAAGCAAAGCGGCAGUGUAGUUUGCCAGUUAGUUAUUUACAGUUAUAGUUUUGUUUCUGGAAGUGAGAAGCUAAUCUUAUUGUGGGUCACAAGAUGUAAUAAUGUGUUUAUUAUCAGUCUGCUUAUUAAAGUUUCUGUAUUGCUGGUUCUUCAUAGUUCACCAUCGCAUUUCAAACAUUCA